GUUUUUUUCCCCAUAUUUUCCUAACCAGAUAAAGUAGCUCACUACUCAUCUCUGUAAUAAACGCUUUUGCCAAAAAAAAAAAAAAGAAACCUCCAUUGAAUAUGGCUUUAUCCAUGGCUUCCACUUCAUUUUCAAGCUUCUCAAUAAUCAGGAUUCAUCCCAAAAAAUUAUUUUCGAGAAAAGUUACGACAUUGUUACGAGGGGAAACUCGUACGAAAGCAACGAAAGGUGGAGUCUCGAGUGUUUGUGAACCACUGCCUCCUGAUAGACCUUUGUGGUUCCCUGGUAGCACACCUCCUGAAUGGCUUGAUGGCAGCCUUCCUGGAGAUUUUGGUUUCGAUCCACUUGGAUUAGGUUCCGAUCCAGAAACCCUAAAAUGGUUCGCACAAGCCGAACUAAUGCACGCAAGGUGGGCAAUGCUGGCCGUGGCCGGAAUCCUCAUACCCGAACUACUCGAAUCCUUGGGCUUCAUCGACAACUUCUCAUGGUAUGACGCGGGCUCUAAACAAUACUUCGCCGACCCCACGACCUUGUUCGUGGUUCAAAUGGCAUUGAUGGGAUGGGUCGAAGGCCGAAGGUGGGCUGACAUAAUUAAGCCUGGGAGUGUCGACAUUGAACCCAACCUUCCCAACAAGAAGAAACCCACUCCCGACGUUGGGUACCCUGGUGGGUUAUGGUUUGAUCCUUUGAUGUGGGGAAGAGGGUCACCGGAACCGGUGAUGGUGUUGAGAACUAAAGAGAUAAAAAAUGGCCGCCUUGCUAUGUUGGCGUUUGUUGGAUUUUGCUUCCAAGCUAUAUAUACCGGCGAAGGUCCGAUUGAGAACUUGAUGGCUCAUAUUGCUGACCCUGGUCACUGCAACGUUUUCUCGGCUUUUACAAGACAUUGAUGUUCAAGUGGCAUUGCAGGGACUCGAUCCAAAACUUUGGUAAAUAUUGUUCGGUCAAAAUGUAGUUUGGUCCUUGUAUUAUAUUUAAUUUUUGUAUUAACUUAUGAUUUUAUCUUAUUUAAAUGGACUAAAUAGAAAUAUUUUCAUUAUAGAA